AUGCAGGUAUGCAGGGUGAUGCAGAUGCUGUUUCGCAUUAGACAUUUGCUGCCUUUCAGCAGAAGCAGGGUAUUGAGUUACUAUCUAUGUACAGUACAUACAGUAAGAUUGUUCCUUAGGUUGAGCUUAUAUUGCCUUGGAUGUCCAGACGACGGGCCAUACCAGCAAGAUCCGCCUCCUCCUCCUCCCCUCUGCUCUUCCUCCACAUCCAAGGCUCUGUUGGAGGAGCGCAGGAAGAGCCACAUCCCAGAGGAGUUUGCAGGCCUCCUUCAUGGAUCGUCCCCAGCUUGUGAAACCCCUGAUACGCCUUACCAUCUUUACAGCCCCAAACCCCGCAAAUAUGCCUCUACGGACGUCCAGAGCAGUCUGUUGCAGACCCCGGAGUUCAGCAUCGUGAUCGGAGGGGGACCCACUCAGGUCUUCUCCAGGACAGGGAGCGAGUCGUUGCCUCUGACGACUGCCAACGACCCCCAGAAGCCACAGGUGGUGUACCGGACUAUCUUCCAUACUAGGGUCAACCAGGACCAGGCCCAUCCCAGGAAUUGUGAACAGUUGGAGCCACCUCGUGGGUGGUCUACGCUGGGUGGCCCACCCUCAUCCUAUUCUGGUCAAAACGGAGGAGUUCCAGAGUUACGUGGGAUCCAGACAGGAGGUGUGCCCAAGGGCAGCUCAUCGGGUGCUGGCUACGAAGAGAGGGCUUGCACCCUGGGGAGGAUGAGGUCCAUGCCCCGCAGUGUUUUGGACCUGCAGCUGUCCAAGUCUCUGUCCAAGUCUGAUUCCAACCUGGUAGCUGUUUCUCCCAUACAGGAGGAGCAUAGCUGGGGGUCUGGAUCUCGUGGUCAGGGGCCAGGAAGUCCCAGCCCAGGAGAGGGUGCCAGCCCAGGGGGAAGACUGGAGAGAACACCCUCCUUCACUGCUGAAUGGGAAGAGAUUGACAAGAUCAUGAGCUCUAUUGGGGCAGGAAUAGGCAGUGGAGGACAUCAAGGAAGACACCUCAG